GGCAACCAGUCUUCUUCAUCGACUAUAAAGGAUCAUAUCGGCAUUCCUUUCUUCCUUGUUCAGCUCUGCCGCCAACCAAGCUUCGAGGGUUCUCAGGUUGCUCUUGAAACAUUUAGCGGCCAACCAAAAAUGGUUCUUCAAAACGAUAUCGAUUUGUUGAAUCCUCCAGCAGAACUUGAGAAGAAGAAGCACAAACUCAAGCGUCUCGUUCAGUCUCCCAAUUCUUUCUUCAUGGAUGUGAAAUGUCAAGGCUGCUUCAACAUAACAACUGUGUUUAGCCACUCUCAAACUGUGGUGGUGUGUGGAAAUUGCCAGACUGUUCUUUGCCAGCCGACAGGAGGUAGAGCUAGACUCACCGAGGGAUGCUCUUUCAGGAAAAAGGGGGACUGAAGUUUCCAUUGGUCUGAAUAUGGGUCUUGUUUUUGUUUCAAUUAUCACAUAUAAAAAGUUCAUUUUUGUAGUACGUUCAAGGAUUAGAUUCUAAGCUUGUUACUACAUGGUUUUGAUCAUGGAUUUUCUUUUGCUGCUAUGAAUAUUUUGAGUUGCAUUUGAUUAGUUUUUGGAUGUAAGAUCCUUCUACGUAUGAUCAGAUACCCACUUAAAUGUGGAGAAUUUCGUGUUUCUUUUUGGGUUCAUUUCAGAUGCCUUGUAAGGCCAACUGAUACUAUAUGUGCAAUUGUAGGGAGAAAUUUGAAAUA